CCUCGUUAUCGCUAAUUCUGGACUCGGACAGCACACGGCAUCGACAGCGAUCCACGACAAACCAGCAAAGUAAGUUAGGCCUCGGUGGUAAAGAGAAGAUACCUUUGAAUUAAUCUAACGAACCUUUUCCAGAUGGGUCGUCUUCAGGAAUACCAGGUCAUUGGGCGCCAUCUGCCCACCGAGGCUAACCCCAGCCCCGCCCUCUAUCGCAUGCGCAUCUUCGCGCCCAAUGAGGUUAUUGCCAAGUCCCGUUUCUGGUAUUUCCUUCGCGGUCUCCGCAAGGUGAAGAAGGCCACUGGCGAGAUCGUCAGUGUCAACCAGAUCUCCGAGAAGCACCCCCUCAGAGUCAAGAACUUCGGCAUCUGGAUCCGCUACGACUCCCGGUCUGGUACCCACAACAUGUACAAGGAGUACCGUGAGACCUCCAGAACUAAGGCUGUUGAGGCUCUCUACUCCGACAUGGCCGCCCGCCAUCGUGCCCGUUUCAGAUCCAUCCACAUCCUCCGCGUUGUUGAGAUCGAGAAGACCGAGGACGUCAAGCGCCCCUACAUCAAGCAGCUCAUCACCAAGGACCUCACUUUCCCCCUCCCCCACCGUGUCGCCAAGACCAACACCAAGAAGGUCUUCAGCGCCACUCGCCCAUCGACUAUUGCUUAAAGGGGUUCAUGGAUGUGGCUGGGUUUGGCAGGUUCUUCAGGUGUUCACUAGGAAAAUGGGUUACCAGCAUUUGCUCCCUAGAAUGAGCAUGAAAUGAAUAAAUGGUCAAGCACGGGUUUGCGUUUCGGGGCACAGUUGUUCUUAUUGCUCUUUUGGUGUCCACGGUCUCUGGGAUUGCUCGUGCAAUGUUUUUGAAAUUGAACAAAAGUUUGGACGC